AUGAGCCAACUAAACGAGUCCGACCUUGACAGUGUUGAGGAGAAAACUGAGACCUCAGAGUCAGACAGUGACUUUGAAAUUCAGCUGAAGUCUGCGAAAAGAAAAGGGACUGUAUCACAGGGAACUGUGCCAUCUAAGAAGUUUAGGCAUAAGGCAGCAUCCAGGUCUGCUUCCAGCUCAAACCAGUCUGACACACAGCAGACCACCCCGCAUCUGACCCCCCUCCGCAAAAUCACCAGACAGACCACUCACAACGAAAGAAAGGAAACAACAGCAGGGCAGAUGUAUGAGGCUGUUAAGGCUGGACGAAGCGCACUGGUGACAGUCAUUGAUGAAUGGCUGGAUGAUUACAAGCGGGACCGGGAGGCGGGACUUCUGGAGCUCAUCAAUUUUGUCGUGCACUGCUGCGGCUGCAAAGGUAUAGUGACAAAAGAGAUGUUCAACAAUCUGCAGAAUGCUGACAUCAUCAGUCAGCUGACCAAAGAAUUUAAUGAGGACUCUGUGACCUACCCCCUCUCCUCAGUGGGCCCUCAGUGGCGCCGCUUCAGGAGUGGCCUGUGUGAGUUUGUGGCAUUAUUGGUACGGCGCUGUCAGAAUAGUCUGUUGUAUGAUGAGUUUCUGUUCUCAUCACUGCUUGCGUUGCUCAUUGGCCUUGCGGACUCUCAGGUCCGAGCCUUCCGUCACACCAGCACACUCAUCGUGAUGAAGUUAAUGUCGGCUGUAGUAGAGGUGGCUGCAGUGGUGUUUGCUCAGGCAGAGAUGACUCGAAGACGCUCUGAACUAGAAAAAAACAAGAAAGCUGAACUCAGAGCAACAGAGAGAGUAGAGGAACUACAGGCAUCUUAUCAAGAGUUGCUGGAGCAUCAAGAGGAGCUGUUUUCCAUGAUCAACAGUGUGUUUAAAGGUGUGUUUGUGCACCGUUACCGUGACAAUGUUCCAGAGAUUCGUACCAUCUGCAUGGAAGAGAUUGGGUUGUGGCUUAGGGAAUACCCCACCUAUUUCCUGAGUGAUGGACACCUGAAAUAUCUGGGCUGGAUGUUGCAUGACAAGCAAGCACCAGUGCGUCUGCAGUGUGUGUUGGCUUUACAGCGCCUGUAUCAGGAGAAAGACUUCAUUGGACGGCUAGAACUCUUUACCAGUCGUUUCAGGGAGAGGAUGGUCAACAUGGUGUUAGACAAAGACUUUGAUGUUGCUGUGGAGGCCAUCAAGCUGCUUUUGCUGGUCCAAGAGAGGACUGAGGAUGGUCUGUCUGAAGAGGAAUGUAGUCAUGUGUACCCACUGGUCUUUGCAACACAUGGGGGAUUGGCAGCUGCAGCUGGGGAAUUCCUAUACUAUCAGCUGUACAGGGAGGUUAAUCAAGUGUUGACAGAAGAGGGGUCAGACAAACGCAGGAUCACUUUCCUCAACCUGCUCACUUGCUUCUUCAUCCAGAGCAAGUAUCAUGAACAUGGGGCAUACCUGGUGGACAGCCUAUGGACUGUUGCAGGGACAGAAUUGAGAGAUUGGGAUAUGAUGACAUCACUGCUGCUGCAUGACAAGGGGGAUGGUCAAGGUUUGGAGGAUGAAGAGGAAGGUGCUUUAGUGGAGCUGAUGAUAUGUGCUGUCAGACAGGCCUCAGAGGCCACGCCUCCUGUGGCACGAGCACAGGGGAAGAGGAACCUGAGUAUGAAGGAUAAAAAAGUCCAGGCUCAGGACAGGAGACGCCUCACUAACCAUUUUAUACCACUGCUCCCACAGCUACUGAGCAAGUACUCUGCAGAUGCAGAUAAAGUGAGCUGUCUGCUCAGAGCUCCUUUGUAUUUUGACCUGAAAGCAUACGGCAGCACUGGACGCCUGGAAAAGUACCUGGAGCAGCUGAUGAUCCAGUUAUGUGGAAUUGUGGAGAAACACACAGACGAGUGUGUGCUAGAGGCAUGUGCACGUGUGGCAUGUGUACUUUGUGAGGAUACCUACACCUUUUCUGUCCGCAUGCAGAGAGCAGUCAGUCAGCUGCUAGACAGAACAGUGGAAUGUUUCACAUCCCUUCUUGAUGAACUGCUGCAGGGCACUGCUGAUGAAGAUGAACUGUUUAGUGCAGCUGCCUCACUGAAGAGGAUUGCUGCCUUCAGCAGCGCCAGAGAUAUGACCACGUUGAAGGUGUUUGAGUCUUGUCUUAUGUUACUGAAGUGCGGUGUGGAAUCUAGAGAGGUUGAAAAAGAGCUGAUGGUUCCUGCACUGAGAUGUGCUGGAUUUCACUUGCUCUGGGAGAAAGUGAAGAUUACUAAUACCAACACUCAGACCUCUAAGGCUGAGCUGAAGCGUCUGAGAGGUGAAGUUCAUUCCUUCUGUGUGCUCUGCCAGAACUGUCUGUCUCUGGGUCAGGCUGAGAUCAGAGACCAGGCCUUUGUGUUGCUCUGUGAUUUGCUGAUAAUAUUUAGUGACGGUUCAGUGAGAGUUCGUCCAGAGCUCCAGGCAGUGGUGUAUGCUCCGGAUGAUUCUGUGAGAGCAGAGAUGGCCUCCUUUGUUCUUGACUACGUGUUCUCCCAACCAGAGGAUGAGAUCAUAUAUGAGGCAGAGAUGAAGUUAGCACUACUGCAGCGACGGAGGAACCAGCUCGCUGGGUACUGCAAACUGAUCCUUUACGGUGUCUUGGAGAUCAGGGCUGCUGCUGAUGUCCUCAAAUAUUACAGCAAGUUCUACCGGGAUUAUGGCGACAUAAUAAAGGAGACGCUGAGCAAAUUGAAGAUGAUAAGUCAGGUGGAGAGCGCUAAGACUGUGGGUCUCUGUUUACAGCAGGUGAGUAAGUCUGCGUAUACAUGCACACCACCAUGUGUUUGUGUUGUAGAUAGACUGUGUGAAAUGUUUUCUGAUAGAGAUGAACAGCAUCAUGCUGAAGAGAUGAAAGAAAUCAAAGAAUUGGCUAAAAGACUCUCAAUGAGCUUCGGCAUCAACCUUCACCGCAUCCGGAAACCCCUACUGGCCUUACACCAAGACGGUCUUCGCUUUGCUUUUGGUCGUGCUGAACAGCAAAUCCACCCUCCCCCUAAUCUUGCCUUUUUGGAGAUCCUCAGUGAAUUCAGUUACAAACUUGUACGACAGGACCGCACACAACUGCUGGGUUAUCUACAGCAUGUGCGAGGCAGUAUAACUGGUGAGUGUGUGAAGAUGUAUGAACGCUCACUGCAUUCGGGUACCAGAGGGAGUCCAGCUCUCUCUCUCCAAGGCACGCCAGCUAAAAAACGUCGUAAGACCAUGGCACAGGGUUCAGUGCUGAGUGUGGAUGAAGGUUCACAAUUAGCAGGAAGUGUAUUGAGCAGUCUGCCCACUCCAACUCUGACAUCCACGGCUCAUGUAGAGAGACUCCCUAGACCAGCUUCUCCAAGUGUAGUAUCUCCCAGGUCCUACCACGAGCCCUCUUCAGAGCAUGACUCUGUAGACGACUUUACUAAGGGGUCGCUGCGUAGAAAAGUGAAUGCUACCAGAAAGCAGCACAUUUCCUCUGAACGCAGUGAGCCUGACAUUGACUCUCAGCUCAACAUGCUGUCUCUGAUUGAAGAAUACCAUGAAGAGGAGGAGGAUGAAGUGGAGGAAGAGGCUAUGUUUGAGGAGUUUGAAGAGAAUGAUGACUCUGAUUUUGAGACAGGCUAUUCUCUGCCUUCCACCCGGCGAUGUAGUAGCUACCUGGAGGAUCUGUUUGAAUGA